GAAGAAGAAGAACGGAAGCAGAGACUAACCCAACUGCGCAGGCGUAAACCACGUACCCGAUCUCUCGCAGCCUCGCGCUGUUUUGGCCCUCGGCUAGCUGUUGCCUGAUCGGUGGUGUGUGUCAAGUCAUACACAACUGGGGCUUCGAUUGGGAAGGCAUAGCCGCGGAGAAGGAAACAGGGGGCCACCCUAGACACCCCGCGACGACAUGGCCGGGCAACAGUUUCAGUACGAUGACAGCGGCAACACAUUUUUCUACUUUCUAACGUCCUUUGUUGGACUCAUCGUUAUCCCAGCCACAUAUUACCUCUGGCCCCGAGAUCAGAAUGCUGAACAGCUGCGUCUGAAGAGCCUGCGGAAGGUGCAUGGACGGUGUCUGUGGUACUGCCUCCGCUUGAUGAAGUCUCAGCAGAGCAUCAUACCCACACUGAAGAAAGCAGCCCUAUUGUUUGGCUGGGCUGUGUUUCUGCUGCUGGCCUACAAAGUGUCCAAGCUGGACCGAGAGUACCAGGAGUAUAACCCAUAUGAAGUCCUCGGCCUGGACCAGGGAGCGUCUGUAUCAGAGAUUAAGAAGCAGUACCGUCUGCUGUCGCUGAAGUUCCAUCCGGAUAAAGGAGGAGAUGAAGACUUGUUCAUGAGGAUCGCCAAAGCACACUCCGCGCUGACCAAUGACGAGUCAAGACAGAACUGGGAGACCUACGGCAACCCAGAUGGGCCAAAAGCCACUAGUUUUGGCAUCGCUCUGCCUGCGUGGAUCGUAGACUCCAAGAACUCCAUGCUGGUAUUGCUUGUCUAUGGUCUAGCCUUCAUGGUCAUCCUGCCGGUUGUUGUGGGUACGUGGUGGUAUCGGUCUAUACGUUACAGUGGCGACCAGAUUCUAAUCAACACCACACAACUCUUCAUGCACUUUAUGUACAAGACGCCCAACAUGAACAUGAAACGGUUAUCCAUGGUGUUGACGGCUGCCUUUGAGUUUGACCCCCGCAGCAACAAAGAGGCCACCAUACGACCCACGGACAACAUCCAAGUACCACAGCUGAUCCGUGAGUUGGGGAACAUCAACGUGAAGAAGAAGGAGCCUCCAUUCUGCUACCCAUACAGUCUUAAGGCCCGGGUACUGGUGUUGGCUCACCUGGCACGCAUGGAGGUCUCAGACGACAUCGAAGAGGACCAAAGGUUUGUGGUGAGGAAGAGUCCAGCUCUGCUCCAGGAGAUGGUCAACGUGGGCUGUCAACUCACCAUGGUGGCCAACAGCAGAGGAGGGUUCCAUGCCCCCAGGCUGGUGUCGAUAGAGAACUGUAUGAAGCUGACCCAGAUGAUCGUCCAGGGUCUGCAGGAGUCCAAGUCUCCUCUGCUGCAGCUUCCUCACUUUGAAGAGGAGCACCUCCGCUACUGCGUCUCCAAGAAGUACAAGGUGCGUAGCCUGCAGGACCUGGUCAGCCUGAAGGACUCGGACCGUCGGAGCAUGCUCCGUUUCCUUGGCGAGGAGAAGUAUGACGAGGUUAUGGCCGUACUCGCCAGCUUCCCGUCCAUCACCAUGGAUACCAAGCUGCAGGUCCUGGAUGAUGAAGACAGCAAUAACAUCACAGCUGGAUCCAUCGUCACAGUUACGGUCACCCUGACCAGGAAGAGGAUGGCGGAGGUGUUUGAGAAGGAGCAGAAUGUGACACCGUGUCUCGGAGUUGGAGAGGAAGCCAGUACAGAGGAUGCUGUCGCGCAGGGAGACGUCAGUAAAACCAAAGCCAAGGUGUGGCAGAACAAGACGAAAGCAGCCAAGAAAACCAAGCAGGCAAAGAAGAAGAAACUCACCAAGAAGAAGCCCCUCCCACUGCCAGCAGCCAAGGCCAAACAGGCCAAUGGGAGCGUGUCAGGAAGUGAGGUGGUUGCCGUGGCGAAGGAAGACGAGGAGGACAGGUCAGACAAAGGCAGCGAAUCAGAGGAGGGCAACAAAGAUUCUCCGAGCGAGAGAGAUGAGGAGAGUGACAAGCAGAGCGACACGGAGCAGGAUGAGAUCGCCGGGGACGACGAGGAGGAGUGGGAGGCUCUGCAGCAGAGUGUCCAGCGAAGGGAGAGGGCGCUGUUGGAGACCAAGUCUAAGGUGACCCACCCCGUCUACAGCCUGUACUACCCAGAGGAGAAACAUGAGUGGUGGUGGCUCUACAUCGCUGACCGCAAGGACCAGACUCUAGUCUCCAUGCCAUACCACGUCUGCACACUCAAAGACACAGAGGAGGUGGAGCUGAAGUUUCCAGCUCCCUCUAAAACAGGGAACUACCAGUACUCUGUCAUCCUCCGCUCAGACUCUUACCUGGGUCUGGACCAGAUCAAACCCCUCAAGCUGGAGGUGCACGAGGCCAAGGCGGUGUUGGAUAACCACCCCCAGUGGGACAUCCCAGAAACGGAGGAGGAAGACGAGGAACAGGAGGACAGUGACGGGAUUGAGGAGAGCGAAGAGGAGGAUGAAGACAACGACUAAACACACACACACACAAACACACACACAACCACCCCAGGGCAGUUUGUACACACACACAACCACCCCAGGGCAGUUUGUACACACACACAACCACCCUAGGGCAGUUUGUACACACACACCCAUACUGACAUGGACUGUGGACCUCCCUAUGGCCCCGCCCCUCACAUCCUUUUCUACAGAAACCUAGACUGGGUCAUGUCCUGACUCUAAUGUUCACUUUCACAGGAGAACUGUCAAUAUAUAUAUCCAGCCCUGUGUGUCUGUGUCUGUCUGAAUGAGAGUGUGUGUCUGUGUGUUUGAUUGAGAGAGAGAGAGAGAGAGAGAGAGAGAGAGAGUGUGUGUGUGUCUGUGUCUGUCUGAAUGAGAGUGUGUGUGUUUGAUUAAGAGAGAGAGAGUGUGUGUCUGUGUGUUUGAUUGAGAGAGAGAGAGUGUGUUUGAUUGAGAGAGUGUGUGUGUGUGUGUGUGUGUGUUUGAGAGAGAGAGUGUGUGUGUGAGUGUGUGUGUGUUUGAUUGAGAGAGAGUGUGUGUGUGUGUGUUUGAGAGAGAGAGAGAGUGUGUGUGUGUUUGAUUAAGAGAGAGAGAGUGUGUGUCUGUGUGUUCCUCUUUCACACUGUGGUCUAGAGGACUUGUUACCGAGGCUCUGUGUGUAAACAUCUUCCCUUAUCAAAAUAAAUAUCAGAAAUGGA